GUUUUGGUGUCUGCCUCCGAGCGCGUGUGUGUGUGUAUGUUGGAGGGAGAAAAGAGAUAAAGAGAGAGAGAGUAAGGGAGGGAGAGGCAAGCAGCGUUUCUUCUCCCCCCUUUAGCCUCCCCGUCUCCCUGCUCCCUGUCACUCCAUCCUUCCUCCCCUCUCCUGGACCACCCUCCAGCCCUGCUUCGAGCCAGACCGAGACCCCCUACCACCCAGACCACCCCGGGACCCUUUGACUCUCCUCACUUCUCCGUCCCACCAACCAUAACCUCUGAGCAGGAAUUCCUCUCCUCUCCUCCCCUGGAGUGCUGUCUGUCAACAACUCAACUGCACAAUAUCUGCUGAAUCCACUUCCACAAUUCAUUUGAUCUUAAUCCGAUUCUGCUGGCCAGGCACCGCAAAGUCUGUCGAACAAACGUCCAGUCUCUCCAUUCUGCUGGAAGGCUGCCAGCCACAGGUCACAUGACCUGGAAGAAAAAACCUAGGAGACUUUUGGGAUCCCUCUUCGCAUGGGCUGGCUAUCAACCUGAAGGGAAGUCCAAAGGCUGAUGAACUGAUCUGUGUCUGUGUGAGACCACGUUGCUCUGGUGUCCUAUAUGCCCUGAGAACAUCCAGCGCAAACCUGGUGACUGGCUGGCUGGAAUACCACCCCACUCCUUCCCCUUCUGAGGAAAUCCCAUUCCAGGACGGUGCUUUGGUCUCACUUCCUCCCAGCAUGGAGCCCACCAAAGUCCAGUCAGAGGGUGGCCUCAAUGUUACCCUUACCAUCCGCCUCCUCAUGCAUGGAAAAGAGGUUGGAAGUAUAAUUGGAAAGAAAGGGGAAACAGUAAAAAAGAUGCGAGAAGAGAGCGGAGCACGAAUCAAUAUUUCUGAAGGCAACUGUCCAGAGAGGAUUGUCACUAUCACUGGACCAACAGACACUAUCUUCAAGGCUUUUGCUAUGAUUGCCUACAAAUUCGAGGAGGACAUAAUCAAUUCCAUGAGCAACAGCCCAGCCACCAGCAAGCCCCCAGUCACCUUAAGGCUUGUUGUACCAGCCAGCCAGUGUGGCUCCCUCAUAGGAAAGGGAGGCUCCAAAAUAAAAGAAAUGAGAGAGUCCACAGGGGCCCAGGUUCAGGUGGCAGGGGAUAUGCUGCCGAACUCCACAGAACGUGCAGUGACAAUCUCUGGGACCCCAGAAGCCAUCAUCCAGUGUGUCAAACAGAUCUGUGUGGUCAUGCUGGAGUCUCCACCAAAAGGUGCCACCAUCCCUUAUCGCCCAAAGCCCGCCUCCACCCCAGUCAUUUUUUCUGGUGGCCAGGCCUACACAAUUCAGGGACAGUACGCCAUACCACACCCAGAUCAGUUGACCAAGCUCCACCAGUUGGCUAUGCAGCAAACCCCCUUUACCCCUCUCGGACAGACCACCCCUGCUUUCCCUGGUUUGGAUGCCAGUCCACCAGCCAGCACCCAUGAACUCACCAUUCCUAAUGAUCUAAUAGGCUGCAUUAUUGGACGCCAGGGAACAAAAAUAAAUGAGAUUCGACAGAUGUCUGGGGCGCAGAUCAAAAUUGCCAACGCCAUGGAGGGCUCGUCAGAGCGCCAGAUCACCAUCACAGGGACCCCUGCUAACAUCAGCCUGGCCCAAUAUCUCAUCAAUGCCAGGUUCAGGGACGUGGCUGCCAUGUGGAAUGACCCCUCAUCCAUGACUACAUCCUGAAGUCACCCCAAAUCUGGUUCUGUUUGCAGAAGCUAACAUCAAAACCACCUUUUCGCUUCACAUUUAACCUCUAUGUGUUAUCCCAUGGAACUUCCCCUAGACUCCCUUGGUUUUACACAACACUUAAGCAUUAGCCUGUGGAACACCUAUAGUAAAGGUCAGACUACCAACACUGGGAUUUGUUUUAAAUGGAUGUAGCCAGUAAAGGGAAGGCUAGGUUAAAGGAAAGGCUUGACAUUUUGUGAAAUACGGUUAAUGUUAAAUUAGAAGGUUGAUACCACUCUCAUCGCUGUCAGUGAAGCUAGAUCCCAGAGACUGUUAGCUUAGCAAAGGCUGGAAACAAGGGGAAACAGCUGACCUGGCUCUGCCCAAUCGUAACAAAAACCGCAUGUCAGCACCUUUUAAAGCUCACUAAUUAACAGCCUCAUGUUGACAACAAGACUCUAGGAACUGCUCCGGGCUAAGACACAGUUUGGCACAUAAACCCUGUAAAACGGUAACUUGUCAUUUUUAUACUUCAGUUUUUAUAUGAAUUCAACAAACAAGCUCUGAUACGUCAAUUAGACAGUUUUAAAGAUGCUAGAAGGCAGACUAGGCUAUAUGUUUUCCCCUGUUUAAAUUUGUUAUGCUCUGGUAAGCUAAGAUAACCGCCUCCUGGCAUUAACAUACAUAAAAGAGUGGUAUUUUCAUCUUAAAUAAGGGUAUUUCUCAAAAUGUCAAACUAUUCCUUUAAGUAGGCCUAUUUAUUUAGCAUGCCUCAUUCCAAGAAUAAUAUUGUAUUUCUUUUUGUCAUUACUAUAUUAGAUAAUUUUGCCUAUUAAGUCCUAUUGUGUAAUUGUCUGGAAAGAGUAAAAUUAAUAAAAAAAAUGUAAAAUGAACAAAAAAGCAAAGAAAAAAGAACACGACUGCCACUUGAGCAAUGCUGUUAGAAAGACGAGUGAUGUGAUGCCUCUGUCAGGGAAUACAGCAAGUUCUACAUUGGACAUUUCAUGACACCACCAUUCCUUUUUGUCCACCGCAUGGCUUCAUGAGGGGUUAGUUUUGCAUGGGCAUGUUACCAUAUUUUUUUUUUUAGAAUUUAACAUGUUGUAUGUGGAAGGAUACAAUGAAAAUAUGGUAUCAAAUCUGUGUAAAAAAAUAAAAACAGGUGUCAGCAAAAAACGGAGCACAAAGCCAGCCAUUGCAACAUGACUUUCACUUUCAAGCGAAAGUUCUUCUUUCACAGCUGUUUUAUUUUCUCUGUCUACCCUCCUCCUCCUCCUCCUCCCUCCCACCUUUCCUGAACUGUUCUAGGCUGACGUCUGAAGUCACUGGAAUGGGCACACUCUAAUUUCUACCCAUCUUCCCUCAGUGCAUCACAUGACCCUUGAGCAAAUGGCAUUGCACCUAGUUUAUUUAUUUCUCUGUAUCUGACUGUCCUGAUAUUUAAGUGACUUUAACUUUUAUAAUUUCUAGUAUUUACUGUAAACAUGUCUAUCUGCACUGUUACUAGGACUCCUCACACCUGUAUCUGAAACCCUGUUGUUUCUGUUUCUGAAAGGUUGCUUUACUUUUUUGACACUCUAGUACCUUUCAUGGCAUCUCAUGCACUGCACCGCUUUGUUUACCUCAUGUUUUAACACGUCACUGUACUGUUCUUUUUUGCACUGCGGGCACCUGAAAGUCAGUGUAAAGUUAACCUAAACAUUAAUAUAACAAUCUAAACCAAGGUCGUCCCUCCUCCACCCAACAUUAUAAGAUACUGACACAUACAUUUAUAUUCCAUAUUUAGACUACUCAAAGAAUUACUAAAAAGUUCAAUAAGCAACUCCAGAGCAGAUAUUUUAUUCCAGUUUAUUUUACACUAAUUUCUUGAUUGAUGAAAUCAGCGAUUGACUGUGUGCCUGUAGACUCUUGCCUGUUUGUCUAGUGUUGUACGUACACUAUAGAUUGAUCUGCAUGACACACAAAACCUACUGCAUUUCCAAUUUAUUUAGAAAUCAAACAGGUAGAAAAGAAGACUCAAUAGGGAAAGUGAAUGGAACCAGCUGUAAAUAGUCUAUUUAUGAUCUGGAUGUAUCACUCCAAUUUGAAAUGACCUCACAGAGGCCAAUAAAUAUCCACUGUAAUGCACAAACAUCAGUCUUUCCGAGUUUCAUGUGAGAUGUGACUCAAAGGUUGGGUGGAGAAAUGGAAAUAAGCAAGUAAACAACUGCAGCAAAGACUGAAAUCCAAAUGCACGCUAUAAAUAAACCCCACUUUAUUCUAUAUUCCACAAACAUGUAAUCGUGUUAUUCAUGCUGCAAUCUCGUAACAACUAUGUGUAAGAGGCAAUGGACAUAUAGAAGGUCUUAGAAUGUCUAGUGUAUGUUUGCACUCACACGUAGCUCAUUUCAGUCUUUCAGUGUAUGUCAAAAGGGCUGAAAAGCUCCUGGGAAGCAACAUUCUGUUAGUCAGUCACAUCUGUUUUUCAGCUCUUUCAUCACAGAUGCCUGGUAGGCAACAAGCCAUUCCAGAUACAGAGAGGUAGAGUGUUUCUGGUUAGCAUGUAUUAAACACCGGAAACAUAUUUUUUAACCUAUGUAUCUACACUGAACCAGUUGUUGGUUUUGCAGGUUAUGUCAGCCAAUUAAGCUACAUACAAGCCUUACAUAUACAUGUAUGUAUGACUCUCUUUGCAGUUGGCAUCUAAUACGGUUUCUCCUUGAUUACACCAGGUUGUAUAUUUGUUUCAGCUGUUAACUUGUCUUACUUCCAAAUGCGCGACCUGUGUUCGAGUUCAGACUAAAGCUGAAUGUAUUUCAAAAUGUGUUUUAACUGAAACUAUUUACACGCCAUACUUAAUUAAGACACCUCUAUGUGUGGCACGAAUGAGUACAAUAGACUAUGAUGCAGACAGAUGAAUAUAAUAGAGUAGAAAUGCUUAUCUGUCAAAAAGGUUCAGAAUUUUUUAAGGUGGGGCAGGUUACUCUCAAAAUGAGGUCUGUUUAAAAUUGUAUUCUACAGUUUAUUACACUAAUUACAUGCAAUGCCAUGUAAUCUGAUUAUUUUCUAAUAUGCUAAAUAUAAAACAUAAACAUAAACUAAGACUUUCCUAUAUUUUCUGCAAACACAUGAGUGGAUGGCCUUAUUAGUAUCUGCUGCAGAUAAGAAAAAAAAUAUAUCAUUCCACAGUGUAAUAUGACACUAUAACAGGUAAUGUGAUGUUAAUCUGAAGCCUGUGUGUUACUGAUUUUAACUAGCUUCUAUUUUUAAUCCACUUUACCUUAAUACAUUUACACAUUGUACUCACAAAGCCUGGAUAUGCAUUACUCCAGGGAUAAUUAUAGAAAUGAUGUUUGGGGGAAUAUUAUUUGCGUCAUUGCAGUUUAGGCUCAGGUACUUGGCUUUUGGUUAGAAUUGAUUAUACAAACAUAGGUUGCAUAGGCUGCUUUACAUUAAUACAUGCACAUUUCACAAGUACAUAUUGCUUCACAUUUACAUUACGAAUGUAAAUCUGUACAUUAGCACUCAUCUGGCUGCAUCCAGAUGUGUUUCAAAUGAACAAACUGAGGAAUGGGUGACUGAGGGCUAACCAGUUUUUAAUGUGCCAUUUAAAAACUUCCCAUCAUCCACAGCAUCUCAUCAUCAAAGCAGUAUAAUAGUUUUUGUAAAGUGCACAUUAAUGGUUGUGUUUGCAGGUUCAAGGUUCUGCUGGUUGUGUGCAGGCAGGCCAACCAAGACGCACUCAUGCUAUUUUACAAGCAUCUCAGUUGCCUUUUUGAUUGUCAUAGUUCUAUCUUUCAUAAUCGUGGCAUCGCUCACGUGCUCAUCAUUCUGCAAUGCCGUGUAAGUCAAACACCUCCUGUUGUGUUGCUUUUGGCAUUUUACUGAUACAUGAACAUUUUUUUGUUACUGUGCUAGAGCAGCAAAAAAUUAAAGGUUAGCACUGUAUGAUGCUGUUUGAGGGAAUGUGUCAUGUUUAUGUUUGAUCAUUUGCUUCUUGAAGGUCUGUAUUGGAUUUAUUAUUUAUUGAGGUUGAUUCUGAAAUGUUUUGUAAAAAGAAAAGAAUAAAGUUUGUGUUUUUUCCCUU